UCGUAAGCCAUUCAAUCAAGCUUGCUCGGCGUCAGAAACAAUGGCAACCAAGGCGGUCUGUGUCCCGCGCAGCUCACCACCGUAGCGCACCGGACUGCUGUUCACUCUAUCAAAUCGUGUCCCGGCAAUUCGACAAUCUCACUCGCACGCAUGGCGAACUCCCAGCCAGAUCCUAAUCGAAGAGGCACAGCUCCUAACACAGCUACCCUCCGCCGCUUCCGCUCUUUCUGAGGCGCCUAAGUAAUAGACUCCUCUACCCGACCGUAUCUCUCCACUUCUUCAGUCCCCUCACUCGCACGCAUGGCGAACUCGCAGCUCCUACCGCCGAUUCCCUCCUCCGCGUUCCCUCAGGCGUCCACCAUCCGUCCCGGGGAGACCGUUGCGGCGCGCCCUUCCGGGAUCCGCGCAACCUCCGCCCUGCCGUGCCCCGCAAUUCCGAUUCCCGCCAGUCGUCCUUCCGACUCGCGGGGAUUCGUUCGGGCAUCGGAGCGCAGUAGAGGGGGAGGGGUUCCGCCUUACGCCGCCUUUCGCGCGGCCUUGCGCGGUGUCCAGAGCGCGGGAUUGGUCGGAAGGCUACAGAACCCCGGAAGCACCAAGCAUUCGGCGCGAUUGGCGGGGGGUGCGCGCGCGGGUCGGGACAGCGGCGGAUCGUUACCGGAUUCCGCUGAUUUAGGAGAGCGGCAGUGUGUUCUUAUAGACCUCUCGGACCGCCUGACGCCGUACCGCACGGCGUGGGAGUGGCAGCGGCAGCUGGUGGCGCUGCGGCACCAAGCGCUCUCUGACAGGGCCAAACAGCAAGAGCAGCUAGAGCAACUAGAGCAAGUAGAACAACAAGAGCGGCAACGAGAGGAGCAACGAGAGGAGCAACGGGGGCAACAGGAGCAACAGGAGCAAGGGGAAGCAGAGGCGGAGCAAUUCUUCGAACUGCUUCUUGAUGCCUCGAGAAGUGGUUCUUUGUCCUCCUCCUCCUCCUCCCCCUCCUCUUCCUCGCCCCCCUCCUCCUCUCCCCCCUCCCCCCCGGACGUCCUCCUCCUGGUGCAGCACCCCCCUGUCUACACCCUUGGCACGCGCAGCGAUCUCUCCAACCUCAGAUUCGAUCCAGCGGCUGAGACGCUGCCAGGUGGCGCGGAGCUGUUCGUCACGGAGAGGGGCGGGGAGGUCACGUACCAUGGGCCCGGGCAGCUGGUGAUCUACCCGAUUCUGGACCUGCGGCGGCACUGCUGCGACCUGCACUGGUACCUGCGCUCGCUAGAAGAAGCGAUUAUUGGGGGGCUGGAGGACGGUUUCGGCAUUCGGGCUGGCAGGGAGGAGGGCAUGACAGGAGUGUGGUCAGGCGGGUGCAAGCUGGCGGCCAUCGGUGUGCGGGUGUCCCGGUGGGUCACCUUCCACGGUGCAGCGCUCAAUGUCACCACGGACCUCUCUGCCUUUGGCCACAUCGUCCCAUGCGGCCUCACACUCCCUGUGGGCUCCGUAGCCUCUCACCUUCUCCACCGAACACAUGCUGCUCAUUCUGCUACUGCUGAUGCUGCUGCUGCUGCUGCUGCUGCUGCUGUUGAUGCUGAUGCUGCUCCUGGAGCUGAUAGUGCUGCUGUUGAGGGCGCUCCUGCACCCGCCACCUCUGCUGGGGGCGCUGUUGCUCUUGGCACGGCUGCUGAGAGUGCAGCUGCGGAUGGCUACAAGGUGGAUGCGGGUUCGGUGGGAGACCAUUGGGCAGUGGAUGAGUGGGUCACGAGACCUGACUCGGGGCAGGCAUGGGAGGGGGGAAUGAUGGGGCACGCAGCAGCGCAUCUAGCAUCCGCCUUUGCUCGAGUCUUCAGCGUCAAACUGAUGCCCUUACGUGAGUGCUUCUCUACAACUGAACCUAACCUCGGACCUCCUGGCACUAUCACUCCUGAUGCUGCCACUGCUGCUGUUACUGGCUCUGACAUGCAAAACAGUGCAGUUUGUUUAGCUCGGAAACUAUGGCUGCCUGAAGACCUGUGCAGAACAGCCUUUGCCAAGCCUGGGAUCCUGGAGGAAGAAGUCUGUGAGGGGGAUGUGCCUGUGCAUACCAGGCAUUAGUGCUGUAGCAUAUGGUUAUGUGCUCGCUAGCUGGAUGAAUUGCUGGGCAAUCUGUUAUAUAAGAUACUCGGCUGCAGAAUUACGCGGUUAUCAGAUCAAAUGUGGGGCCCGGGCAUUGCAGAGAAGCGCCUGUCAAGUCUAGUGUCUGCUAUGAAACAGUGCAUUGAGAUUGAAAGGUGUUGGAAAUAUCUCAAAGG